UAAUUUAGUUCGAUUAAUUUAUAAAAUUAAUGAUGAAACGAAAUAAAAGGAGUUAGUUAUAUCAAUGUAUAUGUUCAGCACUUUUUCUGAAACAUAGUGAUCAUCAGAUAUUAUUAGGCUACUAUGCUACGUAACAGUUCAGAAUCAAGCUAUUUUUUAAACAGCCAUCAAUGUCAAACAUGACAUGUUUUCUCAUGAAAAAUAAAAGAAGGGACAACUGCUGGGACAACUGUAACACGAAUGCUCUAGUUGUUCGAUUUGCAACCGAGAGUAAAGGAUAACAAUAGCAGUGAGAUGCACUUUCAAAAUUUCUUUUACUUGCAGUUAAUCGUUGCGUUAUAUGCAGAUAAAACAAAUAUGAUUCGUGAUUAUUUCGUUUUUAAAGAUGUUACUAGAGUGGCUGGAUUUUCUUGUGGAGAGAUCGAAAAUGAUUACCAAGUUGUUAAACUUCUCAAUGAUGUCGGUAUUAUGGUGUCUAUAAAUCACUUUACAUCGACAAUCGAUGUAUUCCGAUUUUUGCGUACCACUUACUGGAAUUUAGGCAUAUUUUUAGAUCUGCGGUGUUCAGUUGCAGACGAAAACAUAAUGAAAAUUUUCUACGAGACCUCGACCCAUUACAUGUACGACCAUUUGCAUCAAUGGUUAAUUCUGGGAAAUAAUAUGAGCCACACUGUCCAACUAUUAAAUGACAGCGUGUUUAGCAUUAUUACGGAUAUCACGAUUGCUAUACCAAAUAACAAUGAUUAUUUUCUAUAUGAUGUAUAUAAUCAUUGCAAAUCUUGCGGUGGUUUGAUAAAUAUUACGGAACUUGGUACCUGGACUGGACAAAAUGGAUUACAGAUUACUUUACAAACAGAUAAAUUUCCCAGAAGAUGGGAUUAUCAUAAAAUGAGGAUCAAAAUUGCUGGUCUCACAACAGGUAGACACAAGGAUCAAAGUUUGAUAGAAUAUUUGCGAGAACAGAGUAUCACGUACACGGACAAUUGGUCUAAAUUUGGAUUUGCUAUUAUGGAACACGUUAAAGAUCUAUUCAAUUUCACUUUUGAAGUAAUAGAGUUGGAUCAUUGGGAAAAGAAUGAUAGCGUUGGACCGUUGAUUUCUGGCCUUCAUCAAGGUAAAUAUCACCUGGGAUAUUUUCCGUCAAUUAUAACUAUUGAAAGACUCAAUCGUGCGGACGUAAUUUUGCAAGUUUGGCCCAUAAGAACCUGCUUUAUGUUUCUUACUAAACCUUCGUUAAAAGUGGAUAUGAACAUAAUCUUUAGACCAUUCUCGAGAAAUGUUUGGUACGUGAUAUUUUUAUUAAUAAUCAUCAUCAUUUUCGUUUUGUGGAUGAUUUUAAAACUUGAAACACAUGUUGCUGAUUAUGGGAUCACAGUCCUCAUUACUGUCGCUGCACUAUGUCAACAAGGAUUACCAUUUAUCAGUACUCAAUUUUCAAGCCGCGUUGUUUUUCUUCAUACUUUAAUCUUUGGUUUGCUCGUUUAUAAUUAUUAUUCAGCAGCAAUAGUAUCUAGUCGGUUGAAUGUACCCUUAGAUAAAAUGAACGAUUCAUUGUAUUCAUUAGUGAAAAGUAAAAUGAAACUUGCAGCGUACAAAGAUAUAUAUUUCAAUUAUUUAUUACGAUACCCUGCGGACGAUGUUCAAUAUUUUGCAAAAUACUGGAAUACCAUACCAGAAGAUAAAAGAUUUCUUUCUCUAGAGGACGGCGUAAAAGGAAUCUCAAAUCUCAGAUUUGCUUAUCAUGCAGAGCCCACUAAUGUUUAUCCACUUAUAGAUCGUAGUUUUGACAAAGAAAUGAUCUGUCAGCUUACCGAAGUUCAUUUGUUUCGCCCUAAUUCGAUAGGUUUGUGGUCAGCUCAACGUAGUCCUUUCCAAGAAAUAACAAAAAUAGGCCUUAUUCGAAUAUAUACUUCGGGAAUUCGAAAGCGAGAAGUGUUACGUUGGAGUUACAGAAAACCUUAUUGUAACAAAGAUAAACAUUACGUAUCAAGUGUAACAAUUCAUGAAAUGAUACCAAUUAUACUUGUUUUAUGUUUUGGCAUUGUUUUAUCAGCUGUUAUUUGUUUUAUGGAAAAUGUAGUUUUUCAUAUAAGGCACAAAAAGCAGGAACAAACAAAAGAAUCUGAAAAUCGAUUAAAAAAAUGUAAUCAGAAAAAUAUUGUACCACAAAUCAAAACUAUGGUGAAGACAAAAAAACUUCUAACUACC